AUGGAGCACACCAAUCCCAGGCCCAAAGUCCCUAUCUCAAAGAAAGCCGAGGAAGGCAUCACUGGCCCACCCCGUCGAGUUUCAUACACGCCCUCCGACAUUGAGCGUCUGGGUCGCGAGCGCCCACCAUACUUCCACUCUUUUGCCCAUGAGCUAGGCUUCUGCUUUGCCCUUCUGGGCUCCAUGUUCGUCAGCGAGUACAUGAUCUCUGGCUUCAACAUCCUCCUGCCCCAGCUCUCGCGAGACCUCAAGAUUCCCUCGACCGCGCAAACAUGGCCGGCGUCUGUCUUUUCUCUCGUCACAGGAGCGUUUCUCCUGCCCUUUGGCAGACUGGCAGACAUGUUCGGAGGCUAUCGAGUCUUCAACCUUGGCAUUGCUUGGUUCAUCAUCUGGGCCGUCAUUGCAGGCUUCUCUCAAAACUACCUCAUGCUGAUUAUCUGUCGAGCGCUUCAAGGAUUUGGCCCUGCUGCCUUCCUGCCGUCGGGCAUCAUGCUGCUCGGAUCCAUCUAUCGUCCUGGUCCCAGAAAGAACCUUGUCUUCAGCUUGUACGGCGCGUUUGCACCUGUCGGUUUCUUCACGGGAAUCUUUUUCGCCGGUGUUACUGCGCAGUACACCACUUGGGGCUGGUUUUUCUGGAUCGGUGCCAUCAUCCUCGCCAUGGUUGCCGUGGCAUCGUAUUUCUGCAUUCCCAACUUUGCGGAGGACCAAGGACAGGCGAGUGAAAAAGGCAAAGUGGUCAAGAUGGAUUGGUGGGGCACGGCCACAGUAGUUCCAGGUCUCAUCUUGGUCGUCUUUGCUCUGACAGACGGAAGCCAUGCAACAAAUGGGUGGGCAACUCCAUAUAUUCCAGUCACCUUUAUCUUGGGGUGGCUCUUCCUCGGUGCAUUCCUCUACGUCGAGGCGCGUGUGGCCGAGCAGCCUCUCCUCCCGGCCGACCUAUUCAAGGUCAAGGGCAUGAUACCUCUUACACUCGCCCUCUUUUUCCAAUAUGGAAACUUUGGAAUCUUCAUCUUCUACGCCAGCUUUUACAUUGCACAGGUUGUUGGCACAAGCCCGCUUCUUACCGCCGCGUGGUUCACGCCCAUGUGCAUUGGUGGGCUGAUCUUGGCAACUGUUGGGGGACUAGUGCUGCACCUCUUGCCGGGCCGCAUAUUGCUUCUCGUCAGUGGGACGGCAUAUGUCCUCAGCACUCUCCUGUUCGCCAUCAUCCCGGUGAAAUUCAACUACUGGGCCUACAUAUUUCCCGCCAUGAUCUGCGCUACCCUCGGAAUUGACAUCACCUAUAACGUCAGCAACAUCUUCAUCACAACCUCGCUACCAAAGGCACGCCAGGGUCUCGCCGGUUCCUUUAUGAAUUCUAUUCUCUUCCUCGGUAUCGCAUUCUUCUUGUCCUUUGCUGACCUGGCAGUAAGCCAGACAGAACACAAGGGUCAGAGGUACAGCUACAAAAUCGCCUUCUGGCUUGCCACGGCGCAGGCAGGUGCGGGCCUCAUCCUCAUGUUUGUGGGGGUCAAGAUUGGUAAAGCAAAGAGCGAGUUGACCAUUGAAGAGAGGGAAGAUCUGGAAAAAGAAUUAGCUCAGACAAGAGCUGACGAGUAAUGUAUCUGUUGUUUGUUGAUAUACGGUGAUAGAAUAAUAGCAAUAGUCGCCCUCAGUACAAUGGCAUGGC